AUGGGCGACUACUCGAAAGCACUUCAAUUUUACGAAAAAUCACAUAAAAUCUACGAAAAAGCUCUGCCUCCGAAUCAUCCCGAAUUGGCUAUUUCCUACAACAACAUCGGUCAAGUGUAUAACGACAUGGGCGACUACUCGAAAGCACUUCAAUUUUGCGAAAAAUCACAUAAAAUCUACGAAACAGCUCUGCCUCCGAAUCAUCCCGAUUUGGCUAUUUCCUACAACAACAUCGGUCAAGUGUAUAACAACAUGGGCGACUACUCGAAAGCACUUCAAUUUUACGAAAAAUCACAUAAAAUCAGAGAAAAAGCUCUGCCUUCGAAUCAUCCCGAUUUGGCUACUUCCUACAACAACAUCGGUCUCGUGUAUAACAACAUGGGUAACUACUCGAAAGCACUUGAAUUUUACGAAAAAGAUCUCGAAAUCACGAAAAAAGCUCUGCCUUCGAAUCAUCCCGAUUUGGCAACUUCCUACAACAACAUCGGUGGAGUGUAUAACAACAUGGGUGACUACUCGAAAGCACUUGAAUUUUACGAAAAAGAUCUCGAAAUCACGAAAAAAGCUCUGCCUCUGAAUCAUCCCGAAUUGGCUACUUCCUACAACAACAUUGGUGAAGUGUAUCGCAACAUGGGUGACUACUCGAAAGCACUUGAAUUUCACGAAAAAGCACUUAAAAUAAAAGAAAAAGCUCUGCCUCCGAAUCAUCCCGAAUUGGCUACUUCCUACAACAACAUUGGUGAAGUGUAUCGCAACAUGGGUGACUACUCGAAAGCACUUGAAUUUCACGAAAAAGCACUUAAAAUAAAAGAAAAAGCUCUGCCUCCGAAUCAUCCCGAAUUGGCUACUUCCUACAACAACAUUGGUAUGGCAUACUCCGGCAAAGGAGACUACUCAAAAGCACUCUCAUUCUUAAAAAAGGCACUUGUUAUCUUCCAAAAAUCACUUCCAUCUAAUCAUCCUAAUAUUAAAACAGUUACAAACUCAAUUGACUAUGUAAAAAAGAAAAUGUAA